AUGAGUGGCACUGCUGAGGUUGCUACUGCUGCUGCUGCGGCACCGAGUAGGCGCAUGCCGCCAUGGCUGUUGACGCCAGGCGGCCCUAAGGAGCCAAGCUCUGCGGAGUUUCGCGCCAAGAUGGCAGCUCUCGCGGAAGAGAAGCGGGCCCUGCUUGCCGAGGUGAGGCAGAUGCGUGCGUCACUGGGGCCGCGUGAGGGACGCGAGGCGACAGACAAUGAACUUGCCGAGCUGCGUCAGCGCAUGGGCGACAUUGAUGCCCGGCGUAAGAUGGAACAAGAGAUGCGGUUUAAAAAAAACGAGGAGAUCCAGCGGGUUCAGAAGUUACACGACGAACGUCAGAGCCGCCUUCGCGAGUUGUCCGAAGAUUUGGGUGGGUUCACAACACUGAAGGAGAUUGACAACGCGAUUGCGCUAAUAACUCGCAAGAUGGAGACAAGCGGCGGUGGGCUGGCCGCAGAGAAGCGCACAGUGCGACAGUUAAGUAAGUUGGAGGAAGCGAAGCGGUACCUGGUUGAGCUUCAGCCGCUUACAGAAGCCAUCACUGAGGCGAAGCACCGCGAGGCAAUGCUGCAGCGUGAGUGGCAAGAAAUCAAUGAUCGCAUCCGCAGCCUCUGGUCGGAAUACAACGAGCAGCGGGCGACGAAGCAACAGAAGGAGCAAGAGAUUCGAGUCACUGGGGUGAACCGAUCAGAAGUGUACAAGAAAUGUGAAGAGGUUAGCAGCAAGAUUAAUAAGCUAAGCGAGGAGAUGAAUCGUAUGCGUGAAGAACACAAUAAGGCCAUGGAGGCAUGGAAUGCAUGGCGGGAGGAGGCCCGGGCCAAGUAUCUUGCAAAGAUGGAGGCGGAGCGAAAAGAGCGGCAGCGGCGGUAUCUUGAGCGCAAAAAUGCUGCAAAACUUGAGGAGAAGCGGGCUCGUGCGCUUCUUCGUCAGAACCCGUAUACGGUGGAGAUUGAUGCGUGUAAAACGUUGGUGCGCUACGUACAGGAUCACAAGGUAAUGGUGCAGCGGGAGGAGGCGGAGCUGGCCCGCAAGCAGGCUGCCGCGGCGUUUGACCCCUCCAAGUUCCUUCCAGAAGGCGCUGUUCUGCUGAACGACGGCAAAAAAUUCACGGCCCCACAGAAGGGCGGCGCUGGAGGCAAACAUAAAACGGUACAAACCCAGAAACAGAAGCCGGAGAAAGCUCCAAAGAAUCGUGUGUUGCAGCACCCGGAAGACAAGAUCCGUCUCUUCCAGCUCAUCAAUGAGGAGCCGCCAGCAGCUUUGGCUGCUAUUGAUGAUGCUGUGGAGAGGAUUCGCGCCAAACAGAAGGAAUACGAGAGCCACAUUAAGGUCGGCGAGCUGGAGCUCUCUAGCGAUGACGAGGAGGAUGAAGAAGCGCAGGAAGAGGAAGAAGCGGUCGCGGCAACCGAGGAAGAAGCCGCAAAGGGAGCGGACGAGGUGGAAAAGGUGGCAACCGGUGCUGCUGAAGCGGUGGUGCAAAGUGGCGAAGAGGAGGUUAAGGCGUGA